AUGGUGCGAUGGCGGGUUGAGAACCUCCGACCAGACGAAGCUGUAACGUUUCCGUUGCUUCUGAUAUGCGGUCAGGUGCCGCUCAAUGAGCACCUCACGUGCGUCGUCGUUUACUUGGCAAAUGCUCAACCAGGUAGUUUGGUUGCUGAACAGCAACGAACGCCUUGGCCUGUGCGCAACUGCGAUGGUAGGUUUCGAGCGUUAGUCUGGCUGCAACCAGGGGUAAACCUUGUCGCUGCGGGUCCGCUGAGCGGGCCAGCGAAACUGCAGUUUCGCGUUCACUAUCUGGACGUCCCCUGGGACUAUGUAGUCCGAGCAGUCUACGUCGUGCCGCGAGACGCCGUGGAGGUGCGUUUCCAAGCUCCGCCCGACGAAGACUGUAUGCUUGCGAGCGCCGUGCGCCGUUUCGCGUUAGCGUUACGACUCAUGCAAACAGCUGCCGCAGAGUUGCUUCAUGAGCAAGGCCUCGGUCAUUUGAGCUUUUGCAUUGAACGUAUGAGCGCUGCGUGUGCGACUCCGUUGCCAGGGAAUAUCGAAGAGAUUCACUGCGCCUAUGAUGUACCUGUUCAUGUAAGGCGUCUGUCGCGGACACGAGCCGAGCUGCAUGCACUUUCGGGUGACGCGCUCUGGGGUAUGAUUGCUGAGGAGCUCUCGAACAUAUCUAACCGCCAGCAGUGUAUCGACGUGGCUGUCAUGUCUUUCACGUCAAAAGAUGCGAGCACAGGCCGUGUGUAUGGACACACAGCACUUGGUGGAGGCACGUUAGCGCUCUUUGGCUCCAGUGGUAUGUACGCAUGGCCACAGACGCUCUCAGAAGUGCCAAAGCGCUUUAGUGAUCGGAGACGCGUAGACUCAAUUAACUUCUUCGAUGAUAGCGCCGGUCGCGGUGAACGCUGGGCCUUGGCCUCCACAACAAUUGGCGCGAUGCUGCAUGAACUGGGUCACUGUCUGUCGCUUCCGCAUCCGUGCCGCGGUGGUGGUAUCAUGGCCCGCGGCUUUGACUAUUUCUACCGUCUUUUCACGGUGCAAGACCCAGAUCCAGAGCGGGAGGCACACGAACCGCACUGGGAUAGGAGUGCUGCUUGCCGCUUGCAUUUCCAUCGGCACUUUGUUGGUGCACUUGCUGUUGUAGAGCAGAUAGAGCCGGACUGGGCCUCGUUCACUGCGCAACCAGCCGCAUCACCACUACCAUCACCCGAGCGACUAGAGCAUGAUGCGCGUGUUCCUUAUCAGGUUGCGAAUGCACCACACGCUUCGGUCACUCGUAUGCUACCUGUUACUAACGGCGCCUCCGCCAGUGAACGCCCGAGUCAUCCACUACAUGCAGUGGGCCGUUCACCGCGCAUAACACUAGACGCCAAUGGAUUCGUGCACAUAUUUGCACCAAAUGGCAUUGGUCAUAUCGGGUACUAUGUUGACGGAGAUGUAGCCGAUCACGAUGAGUUUCUAGAUUCCGCUCGUCCGGUGGAAUAUUUUCAGAUCGCUCUGGACGACAUACGCCGACGUUGCCGCAUCCAGAAACCAACGUCGACGCUGCGAAUCAGUUGCAUCGAUCAUCUUGGUGAGAUAAACGAGCAGGCCGUGUAG